AUGCCGCCGGCCAAGGUGACGUUCAAAGUGUCGGGGGGAAGCCAGUUUGUUCUCGAACUGGAGCCGGAAUGGACUGUUAAGCAGGUCAAGGAAAAAUGCUCCGAGAAAACAGAGAUCCCCGUCCAGGCUCAGCGUCUCAUCUAUAAAGGAAGGAUUCUGAAGGACGGCGACUUAAUUUCGACGCACGAUGUUCAAGACGGCCAUAUCAUCCACUUGGUGAAAAACGCAGCUGCAACUGCGGCCUCAUCCACCAACGCACCAACAACGGGGUCCGCUGCGGCACCUCAGCCGAGUUCUGAUUCGGCGGCUGCUCAGACGCCCAACGCGAAUGCCACACCAGCUGCAGCCGCUCCGCCGCUUCCCAAUCCGGCAGCUGACCCGUUCCUGCAGAUGUUCAUGCAAGGAGGCUUGGGAGGCGGCAUGCCUGGAGCUGGUGCCGCAAUGCCAGGCUCGCACGAUGGAGCCGCAAGGCUGCCGGGCAUGCCCCCGGGGAUGAAUCCGGAUACACUUAUGCAGUUGAUGCAGAGUCCUCUCCUCCAACAGACCAUGCAGAACUUGUCUCAGAACCCCCAAAUGUUACGAGCGAUGAUGGAAAGCAACCCGAUGCUACGACCCAUGAUGCCGAUGAUGCAGAACGUCUUGGACAAUCCCGAGCUGCUGCGGACUUUUCUCAACCCUCAGAUGAUGCAGGCGUCUAUGCAAAUGCAGCAGGCCAUGCAGAAUAUGCAGCGUGCGCAGCAAAGUGCAGCCCAAGGAGACGCCUCAACGACAGGAACGGGGGCGGGUCAGACUGCAAACUCUGGAGCGGGCGCAGGCUUUGGCACGCCCUUUGGAGGGAUGCCGGGCGCGGGAGCUUCUGGGCAGCCCGAUCUGGUGGCGAUGAUGCAGCAAGCUCAGCAAAUGCUCCAGCAGAACCCCGAGCUCAUGAAUCAGAUGAUGGGCAUGAUGGGUGGCGGAGCCCCCGGCGGCAUGCCAGGGGUCAACCCCUUCAUGGGCAGCUUCGGAAGCAUGGGGAGUUUUGGAAGCAUGUCCGGAAGCCCAACAGAUACCAGGCCGCCGGAGGAACGGUUUGCUACGCAGCUGGAGUCCCUAAGAGAAAUGGGUUUCAUUGACCGUGAUGCCAACAUUCAGGCACUGCAGGAGACGGGUGGCGACGUCAAUGCCGCGAUCAGCCGCCUGCUGGAGCGGGGGAUUGGCAACUAG